UAUGGCUGCAAAACUUAAAACAGAAAUAUCGGCAGCCCGCGGAGGAGAGCGACCAGCUCCUUAUUCGACCACUGUGAGUAGCACCUGCCAUUCCAAGGAUAUCCAGAUGUAUUAUGAGAUUUGCAAUAAAUUAAAAUGAGAUGUAAACAAAAAGUACAAUGCAAUUAUGUGAUGGUUUUCUCCCUGUGAUGCUUUUAUCAUGGAAGUGCAGGGCAGGACGUGGGCAGAUCGUGCAUCAUCUUGGAAUUCAAAGGAAGGAAAAUCAUGGUAGGUCAAUUCUCCAUCUUAACAUCCAUGCAUGUUUUGUGGGUAACACUUAACAUAGGGUAAUGCUGUUAUAAGCAUGUAUUGUGACCCUACACAUGUCUCCUGAGUUGGACUGUUGCAUCCACCCAGGCUUGGAAGGCAUGGACGCUCUUCCCUACAUCGACUUGAUAGAUCCAUCUGUGAUAGACCUGCUCCUCAUCAGCCA